AUUCUCAAUCCACAAGUAUAUGAAUGAAAUUCUACAGUAUACAUAGAUUGAUGUUAAAUGUUUUUUGAGCUACACCCUCCAUACUGUAUAAUGGAUCCUGAUGGGAAAAUGCAGAAGUCGACAAAUCUCAGCUACACUCCAAUUACAGAAUUUGUUCUUGUGGGUUUUACAGGAGUAUCACAGGUCCCAGAACUAAUAGGAGUAACAUUUAUAAUUACUUUUACCUUAACAUUACUUGGUAAUGUUUUUGUUGUUUUAAUUAUUAAACACAAUGAAUCUCUGCACACUCCAAUGUAUAUUAUCAUCUGUAACCUUGCUUUAUCUGAUCUCAUGUACAGCACAGUUAUUAGCCCAAAAGUCAUACAAGUGUAUCUUACAGGCAGUAACACUAUAAGAGUUCCCAUAUGUCUCAUACAGAUGUACUUUUUGCAUUUUGCUGGCUCGGUUCAUUCCUACAUGCUUUUGGUAAUGGCGAUUGAUCGUUAUGUGUCAAUAUGCCACCCACUGAGGUAUCCAUCCUUGCUAUCUAAUACAAAGGCUCAGCUCCUGUGUUUGGGGGCUUGGAUGUUAGGAGCAGUUAGCCCCCUGGUGCAUAUCUGUGCGGCUACCCUACAGCCUUAUUGUGGUCCUAACAAGAUUCCUCAUUUGUAUUGUGAAUAUGGGAUAGUCAUCAGCCUUUCUUGCAAUGAUGUAUUUUUCUUUUUUCAGUUGGGGUCUACAAUAGCAUGUUUAAUAUUGAUUUGUCCAUUUGUACUUGUUGUUCUCUCAUAUUUAAGAAUUACAAUCUCUGUACUAAAGAUUGACUCCUCAGGUAGAAGAAUGAAGGCAGUUUAUACUUGCAGCACCCAACUACUUGUUAUUUCCAUCUACUUCCUACCCCGUUUAUUUGUGUACAUCGCUUUUGUAUCAGGAAUGUACAUGCCGGGUGACGUUCGUGUUUCUCUGGGCCUUUUAUAUUGUCUUCUGCCUCCAUUAGUAAACCCCAUGAUAUACAGUUUUAGACUGAAUGAAAUCAGACAAAUUAUAGCAAAGGCACUAAAAAUAAAAAAGAAUAUACCUGUAAAGAUUAGGAUGCAAAAAUAAUUUAUUUCAAAAUUCUGGGUUCUUAGAUAUA